CUGGGCACUCACCCGCGCCGCGCGGCCUCUCCUCCUCCCACCCCGGCCGCGGGAGCCCGGCUCGGGCCUGCCCCGCCGCCUCCCCGCCUGCGAGGAGCCCCGCGGGCCGCGCGCUCGUGGCAUCCACCCGGCCGGCCGGCCGCCGGUGCACCCACCGAGCGGCCAGACAGCGCCGGGCGCCCGGGGGCGGCGCGGGCAGGCUCGGCGGGGUUCGGCGGGCUCGCCCUCGGCCGGGCGCCUGCAGGGGGCGCGGGGACGGCCCCGCCCCGCCGCCUUCCCUCUCCCUCCCGGCUCCCUGGAUCCGCGCCGGGAGGAAAUGAUGUGUUGCUGCCUGGUUAAUCACAGCUCCAGACACUCAUUGGCCGAGCGCGCCGCAGCCACUUCCUCCUCCUCCUCCUCCCGCUCCUCCCGCUCCGGCUCCUGCUCUUUGCAGCCGCUGCCGCCGCCGCAUCCUCCCCCUCGGCGCUGGGGGAACUUUUCUACUCUCUGUGACCGUCGCCCCGCCGCCCCCGGGGGCCGGCCCCCGGCCUGCCCCGCCGCCCCGCCGCCCCGCCCGCGGCCGCGCUCCCAGCCCGAGCCCCUGCGCCUCGGGAAGUUUAUUCCGCCCGCCCUCCUCCCCUUCCUCCUCCUCCUCACCCCGCCUCCCCUCCCUCCCCCGGCUCUUUCCCCCGGGUGGCUGCCGCUGCUGCCGCUGCCGCUGCCAGCCUGCUCCUCGGCCAGCCGUGCCGACCCGAGGGCCGGGAAGCCCGCGGCCCCACGCACCGCUCCGCUGCAGCUGCCGCCGCCGCCCGGGCCGGCCCCCGGCUCCCGGCCCCGCAGAGUUCCGGGCUCCCUAGCCGGCUGCGCCGCCCCGCCCCGCCCCGCGCCGCGCCGCGCCGCGCCGACCUGCAACACCCGGCUGCCUCGCACUCCGCCUCCCCCGGCUCUGCCCCAGGCCACGGCGGGACCAGAGAUACUCAAAGGUGGUGAAUGGUGUUGAGAUGAAUUGAGGAUUGAGAUGGGUACAGACUGAAUUCAUGCUCUCCUUUUCCAGCUAUAUUGGUG